GUUCCCACCGGAACGAGGAUUAGACUAGGCACACCAAAGACUCGGGCAGGACUACUCUAUAUGUUGUGACAUAUGGAGAGACAACCUCGAAAUUGAUAUUGAUAGUAGAAUCUACAACUCACAGACCAUCUCCGUGUCUCGGAAACAACUAUCAUGGAGCACACCCUGUCAAACGCCACAACAACCUCCCCUGCACCAUCUUCACCGUCAACAACAGUGACCACACCGGAACAAUCGCCCGGCGCUGACGAUGAUAUCUGGGACACAUCAUCUGACCACCAUGAUAUACCGCGAGCCAGUGGUGGCGGCGGUGAUGAUGGUGAGCACGAUGCGGGUGGCAGGUCGAUCCUCAGCGACGUCCCCUCCGUGCGUCGCCAGCACAUGACGGACGGAUACCGCGAGGGUCUGGCCGUGGGGAAAGCGAACGUCAUGCAAGCCGGAUUUGACGCUGGGUACCCUUUUGGCGUGGAAGUGGGGUUACGUGCUGGGACGGUAUUGGGCGCGCUGGAAGGUGUGAUAGCUGGAUUGCGGAAGAAGAGCACCACGGCGAACAUAACUGCCGAUAGUGGUGUGGGUGUGGGCGUUGGCGUUGACGGUGGUGACGAUGUUGCCAAAGACAGCGCGUUCCUGAAGGACCUUUACGAGCGGGCGAGCCGGGAAUUGAGUAUCUCAGAAAUCAUGAGGGGCAUGGACGAUGAGAAGAUUGAUCGGAUGGGUCAAUCUCAGUUACAAGGAGACGCAAAAGAAGGACAUGGCCUACCGCCCGAGAUCGAAGAGGCGUUGAAACGGUGGGAGGAGCUUGUUCUAGGCUGUCUGUCGGCGAAGACAAGGCGCGGUGAGCAGUCCAAUGAUUGAAUAACGAUUUCACCCACAGAACAUGACCGGGGCGCAAUGGGCAGAAGUCUGUCCCUUACGCUGACACGGACGCGAUGACCGAAAAGGUUGCUACGGGCUGCCGCUUAUAUCGCAAAGCCUGGAAACACCUAUGCUCAAG